AGCUCAUGUGCUGGUGGCCAUGGGGAGUGAACAUGGCCCUGGGAAAGCUGCCAUGCUUUGGGGCCACGUGUUAUGGGCCCAGGGGGUUCAUUGUCCCUCCCUGCACUCUUGGCCAUGCCUGAGCACAGCGGAUGGGAAGCUGAGCAGCAGCGAAGACCUUAAAUAACACCAGAGCAUCCUCACCCUCCUGGCCUUGGGCCUCCGGCCAGCCUCCCAGGAGUUUUUUUAUUUGGUAUGUGUGUGAAUAAAUUAGAACUUCCGAAACAAACCCUCUGACUGCCCUGCUCCUCUAAGGCAAAACAAACCCUGCCUGACUUGGACAGCAUGUGGCUGUGUUUGCUACCUCCUUGCCAGACUUGCCCAUAAGAAGCCAGCAAACCUGGCUCAGUUUUUUGGGAUGUUUCCCGGGGUUUUGAGAGUUACGUGGUGAUAGAAAGCUUCAUGUUUGGACUGGAAGCUUUUCUUGCCAGCUGCAUGGGAGCAAUGCAGGUAACCCUCCUGUCAGCUGCGUCAUGGUGAGGCUGCGGCCACGAGAACUUUUAUUUUUAAACCUUAUCUUUAUUGCAGUUUUCUCCUGCACUGCUUGGAAAGGUGAAAUGCACCUUAUCUGUUUGUCUGCUGGCAGUAUGCACUGCUCCUAGGGAGGGGAGAGGUGGAUGUGCUGUACCUUCAGCAUGCCCUGCGGACCAGGGUUCUGGGGGUGAUGCUGGGGCAAUGCCUGGGACAAUGCUGGGGUGAUGCUGAGCCAACCUGGCACACAUCCAUGAUGAGUGUGGGGUGUUGUGUGGGAAAGGGAGGCCCCUGCAGCCCCUUCCUGCCAACUGAGCACCUCUGGGCUGUGUUAUCAUUCUGGCCUCUGGCCAGAGGUUUAAUUACAGGUUUCUGACGCAGCAACGGAGUAAAACUGAGCUGGGAACUGGGACAGAGACACUGAACUGAUGCUUAGCUGGCACCCCAAGAGCUGUGCCUGAUCCCACCUGGGGGUGUGGAAGAGUGAGGGAGCCAGUCCCUGUGCCCACCUCUCACCCCCAAAGGCUGGUGGAGGGUUGCUGAAUCUCAUGAGGUAAUAGUCCCCAGGGCCACUGUGGUGUCCACCCGGGGUGGCUCCAGGUGCCACACAGGGUCGGUUUUCAGGAUGUCCCCACAAGCACCCAAAGGUGCAGGGCAGGAGGGUACAGGGCCAUGGGGCUGCCCCUGCAGCGCUCUCCUGUUAAUGGUUAAUGUGACUGGGCAGCGGUUGUGGCACAGACUCCCCGAGCUAUCAGUGCUGCCAUCGGCCCCGGGAACAGCCUGUACCUUGCUGCUGCUGUUUGUUUGCAUCCUGGCCGCUCCACCCUGGCCACUGGCCUUGUCACCGCUCUGCAACAGCCAGCUCCCGCCCGGGCUGUCUCCCAGCCACCCCGAUGGUGGCUUUGCAGGUGCCAGUGUCACCUGUGGUGCCUCUGUUUGAGCAGGGAUGGAGGAAAUGAGGCUGGGACCGGGCAUGGAGCGCCAGUACUCUUCGAGGGGUCCAUCCCGUUUGGAUGCUCCCUUGAAGGAUGAAGGGUAGCAGGAGCAGAGGACAAUCUUUUUUUUUUUCCCUCACCCUUUUUAAUUCCCUCAUGCCUCAGCCAGGCAAAGAGGUCCUCUGCCUGUUGAUCACUUGCUGGGAGGCGAAAGGCAUUCGGCAAAAGUCUCCCACGGAGCCUUAUGGCAGCUAUGAAUGGUGCUUGAUGGAGCUUUUAGAGGCUAUUUUGAGGGCUGAUGGCCCCGCAUCGCUGCAGGACUCUGUGCUGUUCCGUGCCGUUGCUGGUGCCUGUGGGUUUGCCUGCAGCUCUGGGGACGAUGGGGCUGCAGAUAAAGAGAGUGUUUUCUUCCUCCUGCAAGGGAGAGAAAACAGAGCAGCUCCAUGACCUCCAAAUGCCCCAGGGCAAGGUCACAUCCUAGUGAGUCAGGAGCUACAGCAGGGUGUGGAGCUCAGGCAAGGAAAACUGAUGCUGGGGUGGAUGCUUGGUUCCUGGGGUUGGAGAGGCAGAGCUAGGGCAUCUUUGGAGGCUGGAGACAGACAGUGGGUGUCACUGGCCACUGCAAGGCUCUUCCCAUCUCUUUCAGGAUGUGACUCGGGCUUUGGGCAGGCAACAGCCAGGCACUUGGACAUCAUGGGCUUUCGGGUGUUUGCCAGCGUGCUGGACCUGCAGAGUCCUGGUGCCCAGGAGCUGCGCCAAAGCUGCUCGUCGAGGCUGACGCUGCUGCAGAUGGACCUGACCAAGACAGAGGACAUCCAGCGUGUCCUACAGCAUAUCCAGGCCCACACCAACAGCACAGGACUCUGGGGCCUGGUGAACAACGCUGGGUUCAAUGACACCAUCGCUGACGCUGAGCUCUCGCCGCUGGGCAAGUUCCGCACCUGCAUGGAGGUGAACUUCUUUGGCUCCCUGGAGCUCACCAAGGGGCUGCUGCCCCUGCUCCGCUCCGCUGGUGGCCGCAUUGUCACCGUGAGCAGCCCUGCAGGUGACAUGCCCUUCCCCUGCCUGGCAGCCUACGGGGCCUCGAAGGCAGCCCUCAGCCUGGUCAUGGACACCUUCCGCAGCGAGCUCCAGCCCUGGGGCAUCAAAGUCAGCCUCAUCCUGCCUGGAUACUACAAAACAGGGACAACGUGUGACCCUGCCUUCUGGAACCUGCACAAGCAGCAGCUGUUGGCCAGCCUGCCCCAGGAGCUGCUGCAGGCCUAUGGUGAGGACUAUGUGGAGGAGAUCAACCAGCAGUUCAUCCAGUUCAUGAAGGUGGCGGUGGAGGACCUCAGUGCAGUGGUGAACAGCAUCACAGAGGGGCUUCUGGCUGCCAACCCAGCCGUGCGCUACUACCCAGGGCAGGGCCUUGGGAUCAUGUAUUUCAUACACCGCUACCUGCCCUACUUUGUCCGAGACUUGUUCUUGAAAGGAUUCUUCAUCAACCCCAAGCUGCCCCGAGCCCUGCGGCGAGAGCACCACAAGGAUGUGAAGAAGGCCUGACCUGGGCCUGCCCAGGGCCUUCUCCAGGGCUCUCCAGGCCCCUGAGCACGUGCAGAGCCAAAGGCACCACCCUCCUGCACCCUGGGGGGAACAAUCAGCACUAGACGUUUAAAACCAAAUUUCUUUCCAAAAUCAGGUAGAUCUAUUUUCUAUUGUGCAAGAAUCAACAUUUUCUAGAGACCUUGGUUUUGUAUUUUUUCUAACCAUGUACCGUCCAAGAGGCCCAUCCCUGCCUGACUCAGCAGCUCUGCACCACAGGCUGGGAUGUACCUCCUCAGCUACCCACCACCUUCCUUACUGCUCUCAGAGCUGUUUGUCUCCAACCCCUCUUGGCUGGGUCAGGGCUGGGACCCUGUGGCCGCUGCCUCCCUGCCACUCAUUACACACUCCACACACUCCUGACGAGUGCAGGGGCCAAGACCAGGCUGCCAGUGCUGCAGAGCUCUUCAUGAGAUGAACUAUGUGAUUGUCACUUUUUAAAUAAAUCCAUUAUUGAUAUUCCAGCAGGCUCUGGCUGUCUCCUUCCACAGUGCAGUGCUGCAGUGCUGUUCAGGGAUGCCCAGCCUGUGGGCAGAGCUAAGCUGGGUCAUGGCUGGCACCGCACUGAGCACUGUGGCAGGAGCCUCACAUGCAGCAGCAGGUGCCACAGGUACUCCCAGAAAAGGGCUGAGCCUGCCAGGAGGGAUUUGUGCCUGUUUCCUGCUCCUCCCCAGCCCUAUGCCAAAAGCUUUCUUUUGCUUUGCUCCGACUCUGUGGCCCUGCUGGGGCAAGGAUGGCAGCGGUGACAGUGGCCCGUGUGGACAGCCCCAGGCACCAGGGACAAACCAUGCAGCUCCCUCACCUUAUGGACCAUUCCCAUAAGGCUGCACCCCUUAGCUCAGCAGCCAGCUGCACCCACAGAACACGCACUGUCCUGGCUUGGGCUGGAGGGAGUACUCUGGGCCUCAUGAGGUGGUACCACAACGAUGCCUGUGGUACAAACAAGUGUCCCAACUCACACAGGAACCACACCAGGCUCCACCACCACAACUACCAGAUUCCCUGUGACUGAUGGAGGCUCCACCUGGGGCUAUGGGAGCAGGUGCCCAAGUAAGCAGGAGAGCACAGUGCAGUAGGCAGAUAUUUAUUGGUGUAGAGAGGAGGGGAUCACAGGAAAACAAGCUGCAGAGGUGACCACAGCACAAGCUGGGACAGAGCCACUCUCCAUUGAUCCUUCCUCCCAGCAGCAUCCAGCGUGUUUCCCUCCAGCAAGGUUUGUCUGCUGCCAUUGCACAUUUCCCAGAACUCAAGUGCAAGUAGGAGCUAGCCAGAACACAGCAGCAAAGAGCAGGACUGCCACACCAUGCUCAGGGCUUGGCUCCCACCCUAGAUCACAGACAGGCAGGGCCUGGGACAUCCCUGCCCCCACCAGGGUGACUAAGGCUGCUCUGUCCCCUGGCCAGCUCCAUGGUAGUGCCAAUCCACCCUCUGCAGGGGAGAAGCCUGGAUGUCUACCCUAGAGAGGUGCAGGGGUCCCCCACCAUCUGCAGAGCCCAGAAGAG